AUGGAUUCAAAUCAGAAUUCAGAGGUUAAUUCUACCUGGCAUAUCUAUGUGGGAACAAUUGCUACUGUUGUCCCUGCUACCAUUGCGGUUGCUUUGAGAUUUACUGCGAGACAUGUCUCAGGUGCUGGGUUCUGGUGGGAUGAUUAUACUAUCGCGAUGUCAUUAGUCGUUAACUGGGCUAUGGCAGCUCUACGAUGGGCACAAAUUUUGCUGCAUUAUUAUGGUCCUGACGGUAAUGUCCUACCUCCAGAGAAAGUCCAUGGAUUCGGAAAGAUCUUCAUGGCGAUUCAAUUGGUAUACACCCUCAAUGCCGUCCUCACCAAAACUUCUCUCCUUCUUCUAUAUUACCGUAUCUUUGGAGUAGUUCGAUACUUCCGCUGGGCUCUUUGGGUGGCUGGAGCUGUGGUGAUCGCUUGGUGUAUUGCGAGCACCCUUGGUAUCUUUUUUGGAUGUUCGCCUAUUGCCAAAAUCUGGGAUCCUAGUCUACCAGGGAAAUGCAUUAACAUUGGGGCCUUCGGACGCUGGACCGGCGUGGCCAACCUCCUCAUUGAUGUCUUGAUUCUUUGCCUUCCUUAUCCAAUGGCCUGGAGAUUGCAGACUAGCGUGCGGCAAAAGGUCACUCUGAGUGGUAUGUUUCUUUUGGGAACCUUUGUCUGCAUCAUUUCUAUUCUCCGGGUGACAAGUUUUAAGUACGACUCACUCGAAUAUAGUUCCUAUAAGAACAUUGAGCCAGCGACUUGGUCUUCUGUUGAGCAAUCGGUGGGCAUUAUCUGUGCUUGUCUGCCUACUUUACGUCCCCUUUUCAGGUGGCUUUCUGGUAGUUUAAGAAAGGAUACAAAGAGUAGAGACAGUGCUUUGUCGGAUUUCCCAAAGCGAGCUCCUUUGUCUCGCCGUGUGGCUAUCGUGGAUGAAGAAAACGCAUGGGGACUUGAAGAUCCUCCCGUGCAAGAGGAGAUUGAGCAGAUCGUUGAGAACCGAAACGAACAGGAUAGACCAUUGUCACAGCAAACAGUGGAGACCACUAUUUCUCAAGACUCUAUACAGGGUCAGCCUGAAGCUCGACCUGAGUCUUUUGCAUAG